AUGGCGACUCAAGAUGCAACUGGCAUCCCGUUCUCACUCGCCCAUGAGCAACAAAGCUUCAGAUUGAUAGAACUACCCCCAGAGCUCCUCGAUCUCUUAGCUAGUGGAGAUUCGCCGGUGCUGUCGAUAAAAUCUGCGGAAGCCUCGGCCAGCCCAGACGCUCCUCCAAAGCCCGCUCAUGCCGUCCUCUGCACGCCGAACAGGACCUACCAACUCCGCCAUGUCCAAACCUCCAAUUCUGUCCUCAUCACCCAAGCUUUCGAGCAUUAUCUCAACGGGGAAGAAGAAUUACCAGUGCCCGGCAUUUCUGCAGUAGCGGCCUGCACCGCAACUCUCGAGCUGCACCCUACAACCGACUCCGCCAUCCCCUACCUCAAGCAAGCUCUGCCAAUCUGGCACGGGACGGAAGCAGAAGUCAUAACCCCGCCAUCUUCACAAGCGACAAGGAGCAAGCAUGCCAUCUUCACCGACGUCCCCCUCUCAUCUGGCGAAUGUGACGCAGCAUGGAUGCAACUGUGCGCCUUCAGCCAUAACGGCGCGUCCUUCCGACCAUCAGCGCGGGUUCGCCUCCGAUUGUGGCAGGCCCUUAUGAGUGCUGCCUAUUCGGAGAGUAUAGACCCCGGAUCCCAGUUCCUCACAUCAGAUCUGUGGAAAGCAAUUUCAGAUGAAGGGUACCCCCAGGGCCUAGUAGAAGCCGUGCUGCGGCGCUUGACGCCGGAGGAGCAGGAUAUGGCAACUGGCUGGGCAAGCAUUGACGCGUCCAAAUGCGCCGCAUGGGUCGGGGCGACGAUGUUAGAAGCGCAGGCGGAGCUGGGAACGGAGUUACUUACUGCGCGGUUCUUGGAUGGGUGGAGGGAUAGCCUGCCUGAAGCGUGGCGCGGCGGGGCUGAGCUGAGCGCGAUACAGGACGUGUACGUACUCUCGAGUGCCACGAACAUCGCUUUGAAGCCUGAGUUGGUCAGUGAAACCAGUGCCGGUAAGGCUGAGGCGGGCAGCAAGCUGGCUGCGGGAGGGAGGAAAUGGCACGAGAGGUUCAAGAAAGGGCGACGGUAA